AUGGCUCCUCGUUUGUAUACGGAUUGUCUUGUCAAAAUAUUUUCGUUUCUUAGAGAUGAUCAUACAUCAUUGCAUUCUUGUGCGCUGGUAAAUCACUUAUGGUGUCAAAACGCAAUCCCAUUUCUGUGGGAAGAUCCCUUGGAUAGCAAAAAAUUGGAUGGAAGAAAUGAGAAGCAAAAAAGAUAUGCUCUUAUCAAUACGUAUAUUACAGGUCUUCCGCAAGUUUCGCAUAAAGUACUCAAAGGCGAGAAGAUCAUGUUACCACCAGUCACGAAAUCUCCGACAUUCGAAUAUGCUUCAUAUUUACGUAAAUUGGAUUUAAAAUUCUUUUUCGUCGCCUUACAAUCAUGGACUGUGUGUUACGAUAAGCAGACUAAAAUUACUUUCACGGGAGGCCAGAUAGUGCUAAUUAUUCAAGAAUUAUUACGAAAUCUAUUUAUUUUAUCCCCACGUAUUUUAGUUCUUAGAGUAAAUGUUGAUAAAAUAGGUGCCAUUAUUGUAGAUAUCCUCCAAAAUGUCCCUGAAGCAAGAAAUUGUUUAACAAGCUUAAAAGAAUUUACGUAUUUUGCGGAACAUCCUACCAUGGAAAUCCUUUUUUCUCAAAUUGCCCAGCUUACUGGCAAUAUCGAACGUUUUAACCUUUCAAUUUAUGGUCAUACUGAACAACUGAUAAAUAUGAUAAAAGUUCAGAGACUUUUUAAAGAACUCAUCAUUAACAAUAGAACAAAUUCACCGUUAGGUUUCAAGUUUUGGGUUGACACUGACGCAGGUUCUAUAAUCUCUAAGAAAGCAUCAACUGUUACUUACUUGGAAAUUGAGAAUAUAUUUUUCCCAUUUCAAGCACUUUCGCACUUUACUAAUUUAGUGGAAUUAAAUAUGUUUCAUUGUGGAUCUUAUAGCUUGCAUGAUUGGACACCUUUAUAUGAUGUACAUUUGAAAAAGCUCGAGAAGAUUUCAUACAAGAAUCGACAUUCUCUUUAUCUGGAAUCUUUCGGCAAGUUUUUGGGUAAUGCUGCCAUAAACCUAAGUUCUAUUACAAUUCGUUGUUGUACAAUUUGUGAUCCAGAACAAUCACAUUUACUCUUUACGUCAAUUGCGGCUAAUUGCCCAAAUCUUAUACAUUAUGAUGGACCAAUUGGAUCUGAUAAUGCUUCUGAAUUUGGGCAAAUGCUUUAUGCGUGUUCCCAUAUUGAAACAUUAUGUCUUCAUCCAUCAAAUAAGUGUUGUAGAGUUGCGGAAAAUCGAACAGAUUUUAAUCCACUUCUUAGAAAAAUUACGAUUAAACAACCGUGGAAUAUAAGAAAAUUAACCAUCAUUCACGGAUGGAAAUUUACAACUGAUGUGUUUGAAAGCUUUUUACAAAGCAGACAAAGAAUUUCAAAAAAGAUUACAUUUUAUUGGAAUGAAUGUGAGAUUGUUGGUAGUUUUGAUAAGGUUUGUGAAAAAUACCAGAAGGCUGGAAUUUUAGAUAAGUACCAAAAACUUUUAAAAUAUGAUUAA